AUGUUGCGUAUCUUACCGGAAACUGGCUGUCCAGUAAAAGAAGCACCGCAUAAGACUCCACCAGCAACACCAGAGGAGGAAAAGAGACCAAGAAUAGAGUGGCCAAAGACUUCGAAUAAAAAGGCAUGGACAGACUUUGAUCACGAGCUAGAUCUUAUUCUGGAAGCAACUCUACAAGGGGCAGUUGAGAGAAAACUAGUGGCCAUGACAAGCCUAAUUUACACGGUUGGCAAAGAACGAUAUGGAGUCUAUGUACCAAAACAUUCCAAACCGUCAAGUCAACCCAACAGGAGAGAGAGGCAGAUACAGGUCAUUAGACAAGAGCUUAAGAAACUGAGAAAGGCAUAUAGAAACGCCAAAGACGAGGAGAAACUUGGAUUGCAAGAGCUACGAGACUUGCAGAGAAAGCAAUUGAGGGAACUCAGAAAAGCAAAGACAGCAAGAAAGAACAGACGAAAGAGAGCACAACAAAGGACUGCAUUUAUAGCCAAUCCAUACAAGUUCUCCAAAAAGUUGCUAGACAAGGAGAAAUCAUGCAUCCUCAACAGCUCAAUGGAGGAGAUACAGACCCACCUGAGGGAUACACACUCUGACACCAGAAGAGAUGACCCUUUGGGCCCAUGUGCACACAUCAUGCCUGAACCAGCUCCAACUAUAGCACUUGACAGUAAAGAACCCACCCAGGCUGAGGUGAAAGAUGUAGUGAAGAAAGCUAGAGCUGGCUCUGCCCCAGGACCUAAUGGAAUACCAUAUAAGGUCUACAAGAUGUGCCCAAGACUGCUUCGUCGCCUUUGGCGCCUAAUUAAGGUGGUAUGGAGAAAAGGACAGGUACCCGAGUGCUGGCAGAAAGCAGAAGGCCUAUUUGUUCCUAAGGAAACAAACUCGCACAACAUUAGCCAGUUCAGGACAAUAUCACUUUUAAAUGUGGAAGGCAAGAUUUUCUUUGCUGUUCUCGCUAGAAGACUGACCACAUACCUUACUGCUAACAAAUAUGUGGAUACUACAAUCCAAAAACGAGCUAAUACGAAGAGCGCUGGAUCACUAUCACAUACCAGCACAUGUACAGAAGAUUGUCCUGGGUACCGAGACAACAUUCAGCUGCGCUUCUCAGUGAGAGAGAAGAUAACAGAGUGGCAGAGGCUUGAGAAGGGAAUCAUUACUGGCUGCACCGUUUCCGUUGUCCUAUUUGUCAUGGGCAUGAACCUCAUCCUGAAUGCUGCCAAGAAGGAAACCCGUGGACCAAAAACUGCGCCAGGGAUCUACCGACCAAGCAACAGGAGCUUCAUGGAUGACUUGACUAUAACAACCCAGACACAUGUGCAGGCUAGAUGGGUCCUCUCAGCUCUUGAGAGUACAACAUAUUGGGCAAGAAUGAAAUUCAAGCCAAAGAAAUCCAGAAGCCUUAUCAUCAAGAUAGGACAGUCAAUCAAGAAGUUCAACCUCCAGGUACAGGGAGAAGACAUACCAUCUAUCAUGGAUAGUCCAAUCAAGUGCCUGGGCAAGUGGUAUGAUGCCAGGCUCAACGAAACAAAUAAUGUAAAGCGCAUCAAAGGCCAGCUAAAUGAAGGGUUGAAACAAAUAGACAGGUCUUGGCUAUAA